GUUUAGGGUUUGAAACAAGAAGCACAUAAUAUCUGCCGCAGUUAGUUCCCCCAUGGCUUCUCUUGAGCUCUGGAAGAAAAUCGUUGCUCCGCUGUCUUCGAACGGUCGUAUGUGGAAGAUGGCUUGUACAACGGUGGCUGCGCCGUUUUCAUCUGGCGUCGAGAGCUCAGCACCGGUCAAGGUUGAGAAGGAGAGCUCUGGUCCGAUAAAGCCAGAGAAACAGAAAGUGGAGAAGAGGAAGGUAUUUCAGAAGCUGAAGUCUCUUACGGUUGAGACAAUAGAUCUCAUCAUAAGGGAAGAAGGAAAGAAGGGCGUUUUUGUAGAUCAGGAGGAUCUUGUCAGGUGGGCCAGACUUCUUAAGAACCGCAAACCUGAAAACGCCCUUGAGAUCUUUAGGUGGAUGGAUAAAAAGAAGAUGGUGUUUUCUCCCUCUCAACUUGAGCUUUAUGUGGAUCUUCUUGGCAAGGUUAAAGGACAUGCAGCAGCUUCAGCGUACUUCAACAAAGUAGAGCCUAAUUUCGAUGAGAUGGACGUUGAUGCCAAAAACCGCCCUGCCUACUUGAAGGUCUUGCAUCGGUUCCACGUUGCAGGCCAGAGUCGGACUAAAGGGCUAAUACCAUAUGUUCUCAAGUACCCUAAAUGUGAUGAUAAUUGGAAUCUUCUCGAGUGAAUUUGUUGUUUCAAGCUGUUUGGUGUGUGUUUUAAUGAAUAAAGCACGACUUUCACAUACAUGCCUUCUUGUAGUCACUCAUCUAUGUAAUAAUCUUUUGCUCUGUAAAACGAAUCCUAAGUUAAAUUGCAUCUCUUCUGUUUAUAGUCCUUAUAAGUAUUAAAUUUUCA